UCGCACGUGUAGUCCCGCAGCGGUUCAACUCGAAGGAUGCAAUAUUGACAUAUAAAAGAGAAUCAAGAUAUAUUUGACAAUCAUGGUGCCGGCUAUUGAAAUAAUUGUUGGUACCUACAGCGAAUAUCUAUUGGGCUAUCAGCUAUGCGAGAACCGCGACAAAAACGGCGAGAAACAGUUACAAUUGAAGCCAACGUUUGCGGACAGAUCUCAUGAUGGCUCGAUUAAAUCCCUGGCUGUGCACAAGCACUGGAUUGCCACCGGAGGCAUCGACGAUCGCAUCUUCAUCUAUGACAUGUCUCUACGAAAACAAGCCCACGUUCUCAACGUGCACAAGGGAAUUGUGAAUACGCUGGUCUUCUCGUCAGAUUCGACACAUUUAAUGUCGGGUGGCAUCGACGGGCGUAUGAUUGCCACACGCCUGGCCAACUGGUCCACGGAAGGCGAAUGGCCCAGGCCCCACAAUGGGAAGGCAGUCACACAUAUCGCCUGCCAUCCCAGUAGCCGCAUGUGCCUGUCCUUGGGUGCCGAUCAAGUGCUCAACACAUGGAACUUGGUCAAGGGCCGCAUAGCAUACAGAACUAAUCUGAAGAGCAAGCGUACUCUGGGCAACGCCCCCGAUUGCCUGACCUGGUCGCCAGAGGGCAAUUUCUUCACCAUCGCAGGGCCACGCACUAUGGAGAUUUGGAGCAUCCAAACGGCUAGCGUGAUGCAGCAAAUCUCACUGACAUCGAAGCCUAUCUGUGUCGCCUGGCUUGACGAGCAGAACUGCGUGGUGGGUCUGGAGAAUGGUAUCAUUGCAUGGCUAUGCCUGGAUGAGGAAAAAGACACUGCGUCCAAGAUGAUAAAGAUGCACGAAAAUCGUGUUAAGGGAAUUGGCUUCAUGCAUAACACCCUGGUGACCAUAUCCAGCACGGGCGAGAUCAAGGCCUGGAAAUGCAAUGUGGAUAAAAUGCACGUCUCGCUGCUCGCAUGCACGAACAUCGACUGUCGUCCCACCUGUCUUUCACUUCUGGAUAACUCACAGUUCGGCAAGUCACAGAAGAGCACGCCAACUCUAUCCAUCGACAAACAGCAGGCAGCCAGGCUUGCUGCUCGCAUUGAGGCACUUGAGUCGCUAAAGCCUCGCAGUUAUGUCGCCAUUGAAUAUGACGAAAAUGAUGAGAAUGAAGAGAAUGACGAUGAAAGCGAAUUCGUUACGAGCGACACCGAGACCGAGCCAUCUAAUUCUGAUAGCGACGUAACCUACGAAAACGACGAUGAUUCCGAGCAGGAGGAGGAAGAGGAGCCGAAAAGAAAAUCUUCAAAGAAGUCGCCAACAAAACGCACACAAGCUGCGGCUAAGCAGACACAUUCAAAGCGUGCGAAAAAUGAAAAAUAAAUGUCGCACACAACA